AUGGAAUCGUCAGAGGAGAACGGUCAGUGGGCCAGAGAACUCCAGGCUGAUCUAGCCAGGAAGUAUCGACGACAUUCCGCCCGGAUAGAUAAUGUUAGGCGCUCAUUCGAUCAGCGACAGCGCGUCAGGUGUUUCAAGUCUAGUUUCGCUACUGGAAGAUAUCUGAAGCAUGCAUUGGAUCGGAGUCUUGGAGAUGGCUAUCUCAUUGCUCCCGAGAUGAACCUGCGAUAUGUUGCUGAAAGCGGCCCUGACUAUUUGCUGGGUAUUCUCAAGCACCGCGAUACUUCGUCUGUCUACGAUCAGUUCUUCAGCGGUCCCGAUGGUUCGCCUGGUGAUCAAUGGGUCAUCGGCAACAACAUGCGCACCAGAAACCUACAGCACUCACAGCGGCAUACGUUUGAAGACUGCUACUCUGUCUUCUGGGACGAAGAAAAGUACGGCUGCUCCAUAGAAGUAGAGGGGAGACACAAAGACAAAGUUCUGGCCGGGUUGAAGAAGGCCGUCGACGCUGGUGUGCUCUUCAGUCAAGACUACGGCGAGCUGGUCCUCAUGCGUCAGAUCACGAUCCUACAGGUCCUGAAUAUUCUUGUCGAAGAUAUAUUGGACCAAGGAUCAAAGACCAGAGACAGGAAGCAGUUGCCGGACAAGCAGGUCCGGGCAGCUGCGCAUACCUUUUCGCCAUAA